GCCGAAGCUGCGCUUCUGAGGAGAUGGUAAUUUCCGGCAUGAGUCAGUGGCGCUCAUACAGACACAUCUAUGGUGAAGUCUUAUAGUCUCUCCAUAAGACAUGGUCCUCUGUCUGAGCAAACCUCUAAGGAUGGACGUGGGUGAAACUAAAAUAUUCAAGAGUGUAUUUAACCUCACUCGGGACAUCAUCUACCUACUGAUUGGAGAGGACUAUACAGUAGUGAAGAUGACAUCUGGAGAGUUUGCUUCACCAGUUAGCCAUCCCAGUGUGUCAGGAGAAUGGAGCAGGACCCAGAGCUCCAUCUUGGAGACUCCAACUCAUUCACAUAUACAUGAUAGAAUGAAAAAGCAGAAGAUCCUAGAACUCACCAACAAGAUCCUUGAGGUCCUGACUGGAGAGGUUCCCAUAAGGUGUCAGGAUGUCAGUAUCUAUUUCUCCAUGGAGGAGUGGGAGUAUUUAGAAGGACACAUGGAUCUGUACAUUAAUAUCAUAAUGGAGAACUACCAGACCCUCACGUCACCAGCAGAUGGAUCCAGUAGGAGUAAAACAUCAGAAAGGUUUCCGAAUCUUCUCUGUUCCCAGGAUUUUCCAGAGGAAAAUCACAAGGUCCCACUGGAUCAUCAGAUUUUUGAAGAUUUCACUGGAAUACAAGUUGGAGUUACAGAAGAUGAAGAAGAUACAUUUGUGAGGGAUGACCAGCAGCAUAAGUUAGAAACCCCAGAUUACAACAGGUCAGAAUCUUCCAAGGUGAAUUUUCCUCAUAGUGUUUUCCACAAGACUGCCACCUUCUUCCUGACCGACCCUCUAACUAUGGAGAGCUACAAGAUGAUGACCGAAGGGGUACUAAACCUUUUCCUGGACAUUUUCUGUCUGCUUACCAGAGAGGGAGGGAUUCUGAGAAUGAUCACAUUACCUAACUUCAAUCUGUUUGCUGUUCCAUAA